AAUAGACAUAGAAGAUACAAAAAUUAAACUCUUUUUUAUUUCAUUCAUUAAAAGAAGGGAUAUAAGAGAAGUAAUAAGAAAAUUAUCACCUACAAGGAUCAAUUGAUAUUGUCUACACUCCUUGACAAGAUUUAUUGCUUGCUCUACUAUAGUGCUGCAAAGAACUGGCACCAUGAAUGAUUGAAAUAGCAUGUCUUUUAGCUUGUCGACAUAGCUCCUCCACUACGGGAAAACAUGUGAUUACCGUCGGAUUUUCCGGCGGAAAAUUCUGCACCGGUUAGCACGGCGCAGGUAACGGCGCAUUGUUGCGUCGGAAAAUCUACGACGGAGUUUUCGGCGCAAACUACGCCGGAACCUUUUCGACGUCAGUUACGCCGGCAUCGGCGUAGGCAAACACCAUCAACAGCUGGACCUUCGACAGCAUCUGGACCUUCGGCAGCAGCUGGACCUUCGACAGCAGCUGCAGCAGAGCAGGCGACAGAUGGUAGAAUAUUGAUAGAACCUGAGGGUGACACGUACGCACAUUCUCUUUUAUUUAAGCUAAUGAACAUUUCUAUUUUAUAUUUUAUAUUUGUUUCACAAAAUUUUAUUUUUGUAGGUUCUACCCAUCAAAGCAACUGACACAUAAAAUACGGGACAUCAUACGGAGCAGGUUUGACGCUCCAUAUGUUUCUUGGAAGAAAGUCCCGAAAGAAGUCCGGGAGAUGUGGUUUAGAGAGUUUGAGAAAGAAUUUUGUUGGAUGCCCCAACACAAUGAUAGGAUUAGAAAGAAUUUUGAGAAGUGUGGGUCUACUCGGAUGCGUGACAUAUUCACAGAUAUUAGAAAGCAUGGGAAGCGACCAUUGUGGAUUGGAGAGGUUAUAUGGGCUGAGUUGAAUGCAGCUUGGGGCAGCGAAGAGUACACUAGGAGGAGGGAUCAAAAUCGACAGAACAGAGCUUCUGAUGUUGGGGGCUUGGGUAGUUCACUUCAUACAGGAGGCUCCGUUCCACAUACUGAGCACAGGCGUCGUUUGAAAGCGACGCUUGGUAGAAAACCAACUCCUGUGGAAUUGCAUAGUCGCACUCAUAAGCGACAUGAGGAUCAACAAUGGAUUAAUGAGAGAGCAAGGAAAGCCCAUGAGGAAUAUAUACGGCUUCGAGAGGCUCAUGUCGCAGCAGGUGAGGGCUCUUCUGGUGGGUCUGUGGAGUUUUCUAAGUAUCGCAUCUGGUCGCAGGCCAUCGGAGGAAUGCAUCAUGGGAGAGUUUAUGGUUUAGGUGCGCAAGCUCAGGCAUGCGAGGGGAUGACCUCCUCUACGGCAUCUAGCUUCGCAUCUAGUUCUCAUGACUCCUUGCAAGCUCAACAAAUAAGUGCCCUACAAGCUGAGCUAGAACAAGUAAGGAAAUCACAAGCUGAUUGGCAAGCUCAGUUGCAAGCACAGGUUCAAAUGCAGAUGCAGAAGCAACACAAUCAGUUGUUGGAUGAAAUGCGCAAAAUGAGGGAGCAGAUGAGUUUCCGGCGGAUUUUGCGCUGGCCGUUCGCCGGAAACGACGAUACAACGAAUCGUUUCGAUUAUACUGGCGUCUCUUCAUACGCCGGAACUUCCCAGCGUCGACUCCGCAGGGGUUGUCCGACGCAUAUUUUGCGACGUAAACAUUCCCGCAGGUUAUUUACGGCGUACUAA